ACGAAUUGCGUCCAUGGUCCAGAAUUUCCCGUCAACCGUGUCCGUCAGCCCGCGCGUUCUACUGGUACACCACAGCCGCAAAAGAUUCCUCCUUUUCCGCCACCGGCGGAGCAGAGCUCAAGAUUCCAUCCGAUCGAGUGAUCCACGGCCACUCCGACGAUGAAUAUACCGCCACGGGGAUUCCCUCCAGUCCCCACCAGCUAGCUCACGAACACCCCAAGAAAUCUCCCGGAUGCAGGGAGCCCUCGCGCGCGCGCUCUCGCAACGCGCCCCGCACCGCUGCAUCCCACCGACGACGACGACGGCGACGGCGACACGCCUGCCGGAAAGGAGAGGCCUCUGCGGCGGCUCCGGCGGAACAGUCAACGGCGAGAGGGCGCGGGCCGCGGCCGCCGCCGUCGUCGUGGUGAGAGCGGCGCCUGGAGGAGCGCGCGUCGGCGUCGGCGGCCCGGGCGUAGGCGACGCGAGGCCGCAGCAGGGGGAGGAAGAUGUGGGCGCGGGCGAGGCGGUGCCGUCGUCGUCGUCGUCGUGCGGUGGCGCGAAGCGGGGGAGCGUGGUCGGCGCCGCCGCGCUCGUGGUCGGGACCAGCAUCGGCUCCGGCAUCCUCGCCGUGCCGCAGCGCACGGCGCCAGCGGGGUUCGUCCCGAGCGCGGCGUGCAUGGUCACCUGCUGGGCUUUCCUGGUGAUCGAGGCGCUCCUCCUGGCCGAGAUCAACGUCCACCUGCGGCGAAAGAAAGGGAAGGACGCCGGCGACGGCGGCGGCGGCGGCCACCUGGAGGUCAUAUCACUGAAGAGCAUGGCGCAGGAGACGCUGGGCGAGUGGGGAGGGAACCUGGCCGCCGGGGCCUACCUGUUCCUGUCCUACACUUCGAUGGUCGCCUACACGUCCAAGUCCGGCGAGGUGCUCUCCCGCCUGAUCGCCGGCGUGCCCGAGCCCGUCUCCGGUGGCGCCUUCACCGCCGCCCUCGCGCUCCUCAUCGCCGCCGGCGGCACCGGCGUGACCGACAAGGUGAACCAGCUGCUCACUUUCGUCAUGAUAGGAUUACUGCUGACGAUCGAGGUCUCAGCAGUGGCAUCCGGUGCCGGCCUGACUACGCCAGCGAACACCAACUGGGAGCAGGUCCCUGCAACGCUUCCCGUGAUCAUCUUCACGCUGGUCUUCCACGACAUCGCUCCAGUGAUAUGUGCUUACCUUGGAGGGGACCUCGUCAGGAUUCGGCUCUCGAUACUCGUCGGAAGCAUUGUGCCACUGCUGUCAUUGCUCGUAUGGGAUGACAUUGCACUCAGCGUCUCCACGGAUCUUAAUGGGUUUGACAUCAUGGACAUGCUUAAGACAGAAUGGAGUUAUACUGUUGUGGAGACGUUCUCACUCCUUGCUGUUGGGACAUCGCUGAUCGGGACUCUGCUUGGAGCCUCACAGUUCUUCAUCGAGCAGAUGGCCAAUCUUGUCUCUUCUUCAGCCCAAGGACAUGAAGAAGAAGAAGGAUCAAGGCAUCGUGGCGGCAGAGCAGUUGACGACAACGCCAUGCUCAGCUACAUCGCUGCAGGGGCUGUGGUUGCCCCAACCGUGCUAAUUGCAGCAACUGUUCCGAAUUCAUUCUCCAUAGCCACUGACAUCGCAGGCGGCUACUGCAUGACCAUCCUAUACGGUGUUCUUCCUCCAUUGAUGGCCUGGGCUAUCACCACCUCCAGGAUGUCAGAUUCGAGAGCCGGAUCCGUCGAAGCAGAAUCAUCUGUCGGUGGCGGGGCCAAUGUGGACUUGACCAGUGCAAAGCCAGUGCUAGUCGGGAUGGGGGUGUUCUCUGUGCUCAUGGUGUUCGAGCAAAUGUCCCAGGAUCUCGUCAGUUUUCAGUCCUAUCUCCUCGCGUGGACAGGCUGAAUGAAGACGGGGAAGAAGUAGCAGGCAGAGCGUUUCUCGUCAUGAACUGAUGAUUCAGAGCAGAAUCGUUAGGUUAAACUUGUAUGCUGUCAGUAUAGCUUGCAUAUCUCCUGAAAAAAAGAAAUAGUAUAGCCUGUAAAUACGAUUGUAAAUAAUAAAUCGCCGUCCGGUGCCGCGCA